CAAAAUUGUCACGUGCAAAUCUGUCUCCACAAUUCUCUUCUAGUUGGCCCUACCUUAACCUUCUAACACCUCAGUGCGACUAUAGCAAUGUCACAUUACGAAUGGAAACUGGACUCCCCCGACACUGGAAUGGGAAUUAACAUUGCUCUGGGCAUCAUGUCCUUGGCAGCCCUCAUUGCCAUUGCUGGCAACCUCCUCAUCAUCAUCCUAUUCUUGAAAAUCAAGAGAAUCGCUCGGCUCACUCCUCACAUAUUCCUGACCAACCUGGCGCUCUGUGAUCUAAUCCUCGGACUGAAGCUGCCCGUCUUCUUCCUGGUGACACUGGGGCACAAGAAUGCCUGGAUCUUCUCCGAUCCCACUGCUUGUUUGAUAAGCGGAGUUGCUGAUUCCUUCGCGUUCAGGAUCGUAGUUGCUGGCAUGAUAGCAGUUGCAGUUGACAGAUAUUUAGCUGUAAUACAUGCAGUGAGGUACCCAGCUAUAAUGCCAGAAAAGAGGGCCUUCAUUGUGGUGUACUUAAUCUGGCUCUACUGCCUUUUUUGGAGUUUGCUGCCAGUAGCCGUGGGUGCACUGACCGGCGAUAAAGCUGUGUACACAUUUGAUGACAGCCAUAAUCUCUGUAUUUUCUCCGGGGGUGAAAAGCUGCCUCGACCUAUUUAUAGGACUUACUUGGUGUUAGAUCUACUUCUGAAUUUCGUGGCACCACUCACUGUCAUGACAGUUUGCUACUUAAGAAUAGCUCUGAAAGUUCUCGAACCAAAACAAGUUGGGAACACGUUGAAACGAAUCAUGAGGCACGCUUCCCUAACAAUCAGGAAGAGCAAAUCCUUCUCUGAUGGCGGAGAAGUUAUCGGAAAUAGUACCGCAAAAGACAGUGGUAUAGGCAUAAUGGUAGAAGGGUGCGAGUCAAUGGACGACUACAGUGAAGGAACAGAGGACUUCAUAGAGCUCCCAGCCAUAACUAAACCGUCAGUCUCAGACAUAACUGACAUUUCAGACAUUCCCCCAAACAGUCCCAAAUGCUCCAGGUCCAGCAGUCCCCUUCACAAUAAACACAACCCGCUGAGGUCGAGCAGCAAGGUGCGCUCUCAGUCCGGACCCACUUCUACUGCAGUAACACCCCGCGGGAGAGGCUGCUCAGAUAGUCCACUCAACACUUCCCCGAGAUCGCAACCAGCAACCCCGACUCAAAGAGUAUUACCGUAUCCAGGGAGGCGACACAGCCGGGCAGCAGCAUCCCAUUACACUCCCUCUCCUGUUUCAGCAAGGUCCGCCUGUUCCACCCCAACUCACAAGCUUUAUCACAGCAAGUACCAGACAUCUGGUGCUGAUCUUAGGUCUGGCAUGCCCAAAUCUUCCUCUCUCAGCCUCACUCAGACUGCUUCUCCUACUCGACACGCUCCGAAGAGAUUCUCCUUAAUACCUCAAACUUCAAGAUUCGGUUCUGUAGAUAACCACUCCAUGCACUCCUCUAACCGCAAGAUGUCUAUUGGUGUUCUGACAAAUUCAGUCAUGUCCCAGCUAAGACGAAUAUCCCACGCUUCAACCGCGUUCAGCAAAAUGAGCAAGUAUCAGCAAAAGAUAGCAAGAACCACACUAAUCGUAUACCUCUCCUUUUUCUGCUGUUUUAUCCCUUAUAUUUCAAGCCAGUUGGUGUUAAUAAUCUACAGCUACAUUGGAGACGACCGCAUGUCUUUUAGAACACACACUUUUGUUUUUGUUAGUGUAUGUUUUGUUUACUUCAAUGCAUGUAUUAAUGUUAUUAUUUACGGAACCAUGCAUAGAAACAUUCAGAAAACUCUAAAAGGUAUAUUUGGUCAUAGUUGAUUUAAUUUGUGAUAUUUUUUAUUGAUUUUGAUCAGAUAUUUUAUUUUUAUUGAGGAUGAUUCAAUUUGAAAUGAAAUACAGCAUUUUUUAUCUUGUGUUUAUGAACAAUCCAAAUGUAAAUAAAGAUUGCCGAUGUCAAAGAGGCUGGCCUGUAAAUAUGCUUCAAAAACUACAUACUCAAUUAAUG